CAAUUCUUAUACAAACACAAUGGCUCCGUCAUCAUUUCUCCUCUCUGUUCUCCUCACUUUAGCAGCCCUCCAUGGCACCUCUGCGGUGGAAUAUGUUGUCGAUAACCGGGCAACAAACCUCCCAGGGGGAAUCAAAUUCGAUAACGAAAUUGGCGCUGAUUAUGCCAGACAAAGAAUGAUGACAGCCUCGGAGUAUAUCUGGCGCCUAUUCCAACAAAACACAGAAGCUGACCGGAAGAACGUGGCUCGUGUGACGCUAGUAAUUGACCCAAACAUGAAGCCUGAAGAUAUAGCGUAUGCAUCCAACAACGAAAUUCACAUGGGCGACAACUACAUCAAUCGCAUUCAGGGGGACGCGAGGGGGGAUGACUUCAAUGGAGUGCUUUACCAUGAGAUGGUGCAUAUCUGGCAGUGGGAUGGCAAUGGGGCAAGUGGGAUUGGAGGAUUGAUUGAAGGGAUUGCGGAUUUCGUGAGGUUGAAGGCGGGUUAUGUGCCAUCUCACUGGGUUCAGCCAGGGGAGGGCAAUAACUGGAAUCAGCGGUCUGAUGUUACUGCUAGGUUCUUGGACUAUUGUAAUGACGUUAGGAAUGGGUUUGUGGCUGAGCUUAACAAGAAGAUGAGGACUAGUUAUAGUGAUCAAUUCUUUGUUGACUUGCUUGGGAAGAAUAUUGACCAGCUCUGGAGGGAGUACAAGGCCAAGUAUGGGAUGUAGAAAAUUAGACUAUUUUAUGUAAUAUUGAGCUUCAUAUGAUGUUCUUCACUAAUAACACCUGCUUGAUGCUUGGUUGAGGCAUUUUAACAAACAACUGUUAUGCA